GGAUGAAUUUCUAUGUGUAGAGAAAUCAUUAAGAAGGGGCAGAAGGGCAGAACAAAUAGGUCUCUUUUUCACUCUGCUCCACAAAGAAUCUCCCCAAUGGGGCGAUAUCGGCUAACUGGCAUCAUUGUGGCGUCGAAGCAGAUCCGCAAGUGGCGUGACUGAAAAUUUGUAUUCUAGGCCACCGCAGCCAGCAGCGACAAAAUGACAUCCACCGAGCUGAAAAUUGGUCUGACCACCAGUGCCCGUCCCUCUAGCCGUGUUUUGAAGCCACCAGGCGGAGGACACACCAACAUCUUCUCGGAGCCCGAUGUGGCAGUUCCUGCCCCUCGCGCCAAGUACAACCAACAGAACUCCUCGAACCUCAACGCCUGCAUGGGCUCCACCGAUCCCAACAAGGUGGUGGAGAAGCUGCGCGACGAGGUGACCACUCAAAAGGAGGUAACUUCCCCGCCAAGUCAGCCCAAGGAGUCGGCGACAAAGCCGGCGGCCACAAACGGAGAGGCUCGUGGCCGAGUCCCACCUGGCGGUUACUCGUCGGGCGGCUUCUGGUAGAAGAAGUGCAGAAGAAGCUUGCAAGCAUUUAUUGACUCACCAUCACAUCCUCAGAACGACAUUAAAAACAUAAACCUAUAAAAAUAACUCGCUUAUAACAUACGUAUACACACAUUAGAUGCGCAUUAUCUAUAUAAAUCAGCAAAUCAGCCGGUGGAAGAAAACAAUGAUUAUAUUUGGCAAAGCAGCUUUCCAAAUCGUUCUUCCUUUCGUUUCAUUUUCAUUCUUGUCACAUUUGUUCUAUCGUCUAAGGAAAACGUCUAACGCAAUUGUUGACAUUUAAGUAACUUGUGAUUCCGCCCCACAAAAAAUGGAUUAUAUAGAUUGACUUUGCUAAACUACCACCUACUACCGAAGCCUAAUUUAGCAUUAUUUGUACUUAAAGUGUCCAAUCGAAACUUCUUAAAGUCUGUACAAUUUGUCCAAAAUAAAAUCCCUUUAUAACCAUUUAUGUAUUAUUCCAAAAUAAAACAAUUAUAAAUUA